AGGCUCCUCUGCACUCCAGAAUGCUCUCAUACCCAUCACAGAGCAUCCCCGUCUGACCAGGCACUUCACACACAUGCUGGUAGAGCUCUGCCACAAGCCGAGAGAUGGACCUUCAGAGAAGAAAGGGAUGAAACUGGAGCAGAAAACAAGCAAGAAGAAACAGUAGAAGCAGAGAGUGUAUGGGGAAGAAAGAGGAGGUUCCAGGGAUAAACAAGAAGAUUAGAGAGAAAGUAACAGCACGAUAGAGGACAGUGAACAGGUGCAUCGAGGCAGAGAAUGGGCAAUUCCUCCUUCCCAGGCAUGUCCCCUCUCUCUCCGUCCAUUCUGUAAUUGCAGGUCGAGAGAAGAGAAAGGGUCCCAUGAUCUCUGCCGGUGAUGCUGAGUUCCCAAGGGAUUACCACACCCUGGCUGCUGGCUGCGGCCGUGGGGCCCGGCGGUUCCCCGACACCACCAACGGUGGAUUCACGUCGUCCUCAUUGGACCGGCGCCACAACACCGUGGCUGCCAAAAGCCUGGAAGCCCUGAACAGCAUCCACAAGGUGGACAUCGAGCGCCAACGAGACGCUCUAAUGGAUCUCCAGAAGAACAAGUACUCCAACAGCCCUGGCAACAUGUCGCAGGGCUCUGUCACCGCUGGACGACAGCAACAACCAAACUACUGGAGUUUCAAGACUCGCACGCCACGUGUGACACGACUCAGCCCAACACAGCCGGCGCUUGCUGACCAGGCCAACAGGGUUUCCUUUGCGUCAGCUGAAAAUCUGGAAACCAUGUCAGAGCCGGAUAUCCCCAUUGGCUUUAACCGGAUGAACCGGCUUCGCCAGAGCCUGCCACUGGCACGCUCCUCCAGCCAGGCCAAGCUGCGGGCGCCAGGGAUCUUGUUCCUCCAGCUUGGGGAGGAGACUCGCAGGGUGCACCUGACUCAUGAGCUGACCAGCCUGGACACUCUGAGGGCCCUCAUUGUGCACAUGUUUCCCCAGAGGCUCACUAUGGCCAUGCUCAGGUCUCCCAGUACAGCUCUGCUGAUCAAAGAUGAGACUCGUAACGUCUUCUAUGAGCUCGAGGACCCACGGGAUGUGCAGGACCGCUGCGUAAUUAAGAUUUACUGCAAAGAGCCCAUUUAUGGCACCUACCCUGGACAUCACAACCCACACCUGGCCAACGGAGACUUACAGAGGGAGAUGGUGUAUGCACCUCAGGACUCUCCACCCAGCCGCCGCCUCAGCAACCCACCCAUGUCUUCCCAUCAUUCAUCCUCGUCUGCCUCACCUCCUCAAGGCUCACCGGCCCGCGCCCGCCUCCUUUAUAGCGGCAGUAGGCCUUCUUCCUACGCUGGACAACCCCACCACACCCACUCCCUGCCACACCCACACUCCCAGUCCCACCACUCCUCUCCCCACCAGCAGCCACAGCUCCAUCAGCCCCACCACACCCAGCAGGCCUUCUGUGCCUCCUCCAGUGCCAUCCUGGAACGCAGGGAUGUGAAGCCUGAUGAUGAAGUAGGGGGAUCCAGGAGCAUGGUGCUGCUGCGGGGGGAUGAUCGUGGUGGAGGGGGGAUCUAUGCAGACCCCUACAGUCUGGGCCCAGACCCGAGUCGGCUGGGUCUCGCAGGAGGACCUCAUUCCCCUCUACCAGUGAGAGCCGAUCCCUACGGCUCCUUAUAUCGCCGCGGAGGAGGAGGAGGUGCUGGAUCCGUGCGUUCACUCACCUCAUAUUCAGCAGCUGCUUUACAAGGAGAACUGAUGGAAAGUGGUGCUCUCUACAGGCCGGGAGGACCCCUUUACAAUGAUGCCUAUGCUGCGUCUAUGUUGGCUAUGGGGCUGCGGGUGCCACCAUCUUCCUCCCCACAGAAGAUGCCCGACAUGAGGGAUUCCUAUGCGAGCACCAUGCCCAGUCGGGGCUCUCCUGGGAGGCAGAGUUUGAGAAGGGACUCUGUGACCUCCUCUGUCUUUGGGGAUAGUCCCAAGGCCCGGGGUCAGGGUCCAGGAUUAGGUCUCACCUCAGAGCAGCUCUGCUUGAUGGCUGGUCCUGGAGGGGAGGGAGGGAGCGCCGGAGGCUUUGGCUCACCUCUGCUGGGGAAUGAAACAGAGACCAGGGAGCGGAUGGAGGCCAUGGAGAAGCAGAUAGCCAGCCUAACCGGGCUGCUGCAGAGAGUUCUGAGCAGAGGGCCUGAGGCGGAAAGCCCGGAGAAGAUAGAGUCAGCCAGUGACUGCUCAGGAACUGACACUGGACGAAUAAAAAAAAAGAAAGCUCUGACACCGUCUGCUCCCUUGGCUCUGAUGCCACCACCACCUUCGGGGGCCAACCAGCCUGUGACAGUGUCACAUCUGCAGAUGCAGCUCCAUCUACAAAGCCUGCAGCAGAACACCAAUGCACUGCGCAAACAGCUGUCGCAGCUGCGCAACAUGCAGCUGGAGAACCAGGACUUGGUGCUGUCACUGCUGCGGCAGACGGAAUCAGAGCUCAGCCUGAUGAUGCUGGAUGUGAUGCGCACUCAGGAGGAUCCACUCCAGAGACAGCGCCUCCUAGUGGAGGAGGAGAGACUCAAGUACCUGAACCAGGAGGAGUUGCUCAUCCAGCAGCUGCAUGAUCUGGAGAAGUCUGUGGAGGAGCUGCAGAGAAACUCGUCAGUCAAUCACGGCCUGGUGACCGAGCAGGAUGUGGAGCAGAAGAGCAAAGAGCUGCGGGUGCUGGGAGAGACUCUCACUGAGCUCAAAAACCAGUUCCCCAGCCUGCAGAGUAAGAUGCGUGUGGUGCUGAGGGUGGAGGUGGAGGCUGUUAAGUUCCUGAAAGAGGAGCCUCACCGCCUGGACGCCCUGCUGAAGCGCUGCAACACCAUGACCGAUGCGCUCAGCACGCUGCGCAGACAAGUCACUGAGGGUGUGUGGAAGGGCCCUGAAGAUCCCUCCAGCCAAAUACAGAAGAGAGCAGAGGACAUGAGCUGCAGCUCUGACUUGGACAUCCUGAACAGUCCUCCUCUCAGCCUCACUGACCUGAGCACCAGUGCUGGCCUGGCCAACUGGAUGCCCGUCUCUGUCGGAGACACAGACGCCUCGGGGCCCGAGCAAGACAUCCAGCCUUCGAUGAGCUUCAGAAAUCGAGUUCUCGAUGAGUUGCCAAGUCGGCGUCCGGCCGACAAGUCUGUGUCAGCCGAAGUCAGGCUGGCGGCAGAGCGGGACUGGGAGGAGAAGCGCGCAAGCUUGACCCAGUUCAGCGCCCAGGACAUCAAUCGCUUGCUGGAAGAGACCCAGGCCGAGCUGAUGAAAGCCAUCCCGGACCUCGAUUUCGCUGCCAAGCACAUCAACAAGCCGGCAGUACCCCCCAAGCCCCACAUCACCAUCCCGAUAACUUCCACCACAGCUAUGUCUCCUGCAGCUGGGACCACUGUCACCACAACCACCACACCCAGCGGGGACCCACAGCCUGGCAAAGUGCAGCUGGCCGCCCAGAAGCUGAACAGUAUGGAGGGUACCGGUUCACAUCGAGGGUCGGUGGAUCUCAAUGUAGCCAGGUAUCGUACAGAGAAACCCUCCAAGUCCCCGCCGCCACCUCCACCACGCCGAAGCUUCCCGUCAGCACACGGCAUCACUACCAACCGCACCGGAGAGGUCGUCGCUACCACCAAGAAUCUGAAGAUGGAAGAGGAUGGGGAGUUGCCCAAAACUCUUGUGAAGCUGAGGCGGACGCCCUCUGACGCCCCUCGCCCUGCCUCAACCCCGCCUGUGAUCGCAGCGUCAGCCAUUCAAGAUGAGGAUGAUGAAGAGAAGAUUAUUGCUGAGCUGGAGGUAUUUCAGAGAACUCCUGUAAACCUUUGUCAUAAACGAUACCGCACCCCACCAAAGACCACCCUCACCUCUGGGUCCUCGGGCAGAAAGAACAGCAGUAACUCUCCGGGGCCAAUGAAGGGCCCCACAGUCGCAGCCAGGCUCAAACACCUUCAACAAGGCAGCCUGGAGAGGCCCAAAGCCCGCAAGCAAAAAGAGGAUUUCCCCAAAGUCCAGGGCCAGCAGCAGGUAUUCCACUUCUAAAUGCUCCACCCCUGAUGCUUCGUCUGCCUCUCCUCUCCUUUCUGCUGUCCCUCCAAAGGAAGGUUUCCUCCUGCAACUUCUGCGACAUGAGAAACUGUAUAGGCCCUACCAGCAGACGAUAUGAGAUUACACAAUAGCCAGAGGGGAACUAUCUACAGAAUCCUUAAUUUAUACCAGUUCUUGAUGUGUGUUUUGACAUUUGAGUUACUGGAUCUAAACUCGCUUGCUUAAAGAUGAAGUUUUAGUCGUUCAAGUAUGUUGAUGUUUUGAAUUUUUGAGGAAGGUCUUGGUGGUGCUUGUGACUUAUUAUAUUAGUCAGAUCUAUUCAGAUACAUCCUCCUCUUCUAUAAUCUUCAGUAAUGCCACGGAGUGAUUUCAUAUCUCAAGGUCAAAGCGAUAUUCUUCUAUGAUUCAGCCAUGUGUUCUCUCUCUGAAUACCCCUCAUCAUCUCUCUUUAUUCAUCCAGCACUGCUCUUUUUCUAUGACCAAUUCUUUAAAUCUCAAGGUGUUUCAUUCUUCUGCACCUGUGUUAGCUGGCAGCAGCUGCACAGGAUUUUAGUGCACUGG